AUGGUGGGCGGCACAUUCGUCCACUCAUCUCAAAACGACCAUUCCCAGCAGAGCCUCGACUGGAGAGCAACAUCAUCAUCAUCGCGCAGCAAUCUCGGCGGAUAUGGUUUCUCUCAAUCAAAGAACAACAAUCAUAACAACAGCGACAGCGGCAUCGGCAAGAUGAGUAGCUUUUUCGGCGGCGGAAGUAGGAACAAAGCUCGAGAAUUGCCCGUGUACAAGGACAAGCCGUACUUCAAGCCGCGUCGCACGGGACGGAGUCAGGCCGCGAGCCGCAUAAUAUAUAUGGUUUUCGCGGCAUUUGCCAUUGUUUUUCUAUAUGUCUUUUGGGGAAGCUGGGGAGGUCCUCCAGCUGUUAGUGGGCCGACUGGAAAUACGGGUGAGAAUCUGUGGAAAUGGGUUCAGACGUUUGAUGAUGAGGUUGAAAAACAUGAGGGUGGUGCUUCGUCAAAGGGGAAGGUCAAUUGGGAAGAGAGGAGGCAAAAGGUCAAGGAUGUGUUUACUGUCAGCUGGGACUCAUACGAGAAAUAUGGCUGGGGAUACGACGAAUACAAACCGGUCUCCAAAAAGGGCAAAAACAUGGUUGAAGGCGGCUUGGGCUGGACCAUUGUCGAUGCUCUCGACACCAUGAUUCUCAUGAAUCUCACGUCUCGAGUGCAGCAUGCUCGGAACUGGAUUCAUACGUCAUUACACUACGACCAGGACCACGACGUGAAUACUUUCGAAACAACCAUUCGCAUGCUAGGCGGUCUUCUAUCGGCCCAUUAUCUAUCUACGACCUACCCAGACUUGGCCCCAAUAAGCGACGACGACGUUGGAGCCCCCGGGGAAGAUCUGUACAUUGAAAAAGCAACUGAUCUGGCGGACCGAUUGCUAGGCGCUUUUGAGUCUCCUUCUGGAGUGCCGUAUGCUAGUAUCAAUCUGAAUACGUCCGAGGGAAUCCCAUCACAUGCAGACGGCGGCGCUUCCUCGACGGCAGAAGCGACUACUGUGCAGUUGGAAUUCAAAUACCUAGCCAAACUGACUGGCGAAGCGGAGUAUUGGCAGAUUGUGGAACAUGUCAUGAAGGUUGUCGAUGAACAGCAGGAAGAGGAUGGACUGCUACCAAUCUUUAUAUACGCGGAUACUGGCAAGUUCCGGGGCCAUAAUAUUCGAUUGGGAAGUAGAGGUGAUUCCUACUAUGAGUAUCUCAUCAAACAAUACCUACAGACCUCGGAAGGAGAACCCAUCUACAAGGAAAUGUGGGACGAGGCCUUAACAGGCAUCAGCAAACAUCUAAUCACAUAUACCAGCAACGCAAAACUGGCAGUUCUAGCCGAGCGACCAGACGGUAUUGGAAAUUCUCUGCUGCCCAAGAUGGAUCAUCUCGUAUGCUUCAUGCCCGGCACAAUAGCACUCGGAGCAACCCGUGGCGAGUUACUGUCCGAUGCAAGGAAAUCAUCGAGCUGGGGCCAACGGCAAGACGAGGAAAUCCUGCUUGCAAGGGAGUUGAUGAAGACAUGCUGGGCCACAUACCUGGUGACUGCGACGGGACUAGCACCUGAAAUCACGUAUUUCAAGGUCGAUAAACCGCCUACAAUGCUAGCAGACCUAUACCCGGACUCGACUCUGCUCCUUCCAAGCAAUGAAGCAGCAGCACACCAACAAAAAGACUACAAACCGAAAGAUCUUAACCUCAUAUCUGCGCCUCUAGAAGAUAGGGAGGUAUGGAGAUCGGAUAUUGAAAUCCACGCCCAGGAUACGCACAACCUCCAACGACCGGAAACCGUCGAGUCUCUCCUGUACAUGUACCGGGUCACUGGAGACGAGCUAUAUCGCGAAUGGGGAUGGGAGAUGUUCAAAUCAUUCGUGAAAUACACCGCAGUCACCGAGAAGGUAAUGCCGGAAAGGAAUGAAGACGAAGAAAAAGAGAACGCAUCAUCACAAGACGAACUGAGAAAGAAAAAGGAUUCGGAAGAAGAAGAGCCGGCAACUUAUCGUAUUGUGGGAUUCACUUCCCUCUCGAAUGGAGAUAUUGACCCGCCAAUGCAGCGCGACAAUAUGGAAAGUUUCUGGAUGGCAGAGACGCUGAAGUAUUUCUAUCUGCUAUUCUCGAAUAGGGAUUUUAUUCCCUUGGAGGAUGUAGUAUUCAAUACCGAGGCGCAUAUUUUCCCUCGAUUCAAGGUUGGGGGGGAGCUGAAGACGGGGUGGACGAGAAAACCGCGCUCGUAA